AUGUUUUCCAACCAAGCAGUUGCUGACGGGGGUGAAGAAGGCACUGUUUCACGCCAAAUCCAGUCCCUCUCCUUGGCGAACUCUUCUCCAUCUACAGACUCUAUUGUCCAUCGUCCAAGGCCGAUACCUCGCAAGCGCUCAAUCUACAAGGCUGAAUACACGAUCAAAGUCUCCCCUACGGUGGUGUAUCGGCAUCGAUUGUCGCGCUCGGGCGGCUCGGUCGAGUUGCAGCGGGCAAGUAUGGAAUCCGAAGAGGAUGAUACCAUUUCGCGCAUUCCUUCGUUCCCGGAGCCGCCCAGGAGCGCCGGUGCCCUUGGAGUAAACUACCUGAAAAUCUCGGAUAAUGCGAGCAAGACGGUCACACCAGGCAGCAUCGAUGAAUUUUAUAGUUCCGGGAUCAGCUAUUUUGCUAACUCGACGCCAUACAAUGCAGUCGACGUGGAUCCCGAAACGGCACCGUCAGAGUCUACAGAAUUCGGUAGCAGAGCCAGUGUGGAACCCGAAUUCGCUUACAAUGUCCGGCGGCAGUCUUCGCCAGUACUACCAGUCGAAGAGAUGCGGCAUGUCUCCAUGCUGAACCCAGCGGCGCCACUGUCGGAGCUGAAAUCGGUGCCAAGCAGUGCACGAUCAAGUACUACCUCGCAGCACGAUGGUGACGAGAUUGUUCCUUUGAUUCUGGACACAGACCCAGAGGGUUCCUACAGUGGACUCAGCUCGCAAAGGAAUUCUUUGGGGCCGCAAGCCAGGUGGCAUCGUCGUGUGGGGGAUGUGUGUCCAACAUUUUCUGACCGCAAGAAUGGUCAAAAGUCUCCCCGGCGUGUGCUGGCACCGACUCCUCUUCUGCUCGGCAGAUCUAGCAAGCCAACCAGAAUUGCUGAGUCGCCAGUGCCACCCCUAGAGUCUCCUCAACAUGCACUCGACAUAAUACAGCAGCAGCUGAGGGAGCUAGAUGAGGCUGACUCAGAAAGCGGUAGUGAGGAUAAGCAGCGUCGCAAGCUUCUGGAAAAUCUUGAAGCAGAAAUGGGGGCCCAAGAAACGCACUGGCUAGACAUCCGCCGUAAUCUAGCUGACCGGUCGCCCUCAUCUGCCAGAUCCUCCAGGUCGCUAUUGGCAAGCGGAGACUUGCAUCUUGCCUCGUCCCCGCCAUCUCCAGUCCUGAGGUCGCCUGAUCUAGGUUUACCAGUAAUUGGCCGGGGUAUGGACCCUACUAGCGCCACGGCCACGGAAAACAACACCAAAACCCCGGCUGAUGACGAGAAAUCCGACCCUGCAGCCAGUGAGCUUACUGUUCGGAGCAACUCUGGUUUCACCGACCAAGGCUCGGCCCCGGCUAUCUUGGGCGAGGUGGAAAACCGAGCCAAAUUCGGCAAGUCAGAGUCACGCAAUAAAGACGGUCUGGUGCCCACGACGAUGACAAACGAUAUAUCUGCACUCCGCCAGCCUGCGAAUCACCCAACUGCCUCCGAAACUAACAAAACCGAGGAAGACGUUGAAAAAGUCAAGCAAACUGACUCUGCAUCUGCCAAGAAUUAUAAUUUCAGUUCCUGGACUGAGCCCAGACCCGUCAAUUUUGCGUCUCCACUUCCGGUAUCGCACUGGAGCAUCGACUCAGAUACAGCCGCCCUAGCUUCCGAAACACUGCAGCAGGCAGCAGACAUUGCGGAGGAGCCCAGUAACCCGGUCAGAAACUUUGCGAGCACUUCUCCUUUGAUUGGGGACGGAGAAGGAAUACAAGCACGGCAAAGCUUUAAUAAAGCCCUCGCGUCACCCACGUCAUCCAGCUCACUGCCUCGGGAAAACCUAGUCUCAACUGCAGUUUCAGAGCAAACGCAAAGUCCGCACCGGCCAGUCACUCAAAGACCGCCGCGGCGAAGCAAAAGAAUCACCUUGCUUCCGGAUAUUCCAGAAAGCCCCAAACCUCUCAGUGAUAGCAAGCACAACACUCUUGGAUUUUUUCGAUUUCCCUGGGGAGAAACCUCUGACAUCGCCACACUCCAACCUCAACUACCCUCGGCAUUUUCGGUACCACUCCCUGGAGCAACUCUUGCUUCCCAAGGACCUGUCUUGCCUUCUGAAGUCUAUCCUGCUUCUUUUUUCGAUCACUACUCUGACGACGAGCUUCCUGCCGCAGACAGUGACGAAGGCUACUCUGACGACGAAGACGAGGCCUUUGACGAAACUACCUUGUGGGAAAUCGCCAAUCUGUUACGCUCAAGCGCGGUCCCUUCUCGUGGCAGUCUAUUUCCGGACUCUGAAGAAUACCGACCACCUUCACGUGCCGGAUUUGCUUCUACCGACGAGACGACAGUCCUAGCAGUCCGAACUCUGCCCACCGCAAUACUAGAGGACUCUACGCUCGGAAACAAGGACAAGGCGCUGCCCCCUCUGCCGCCUUCCGAUAACUCUGUUUGGACAUCCGACACCAUGUACACCACCACCGCCAGAAAAUCCGCUGGUCUCGCUCAGCCUGAUGCGAAAACGUGGAGACAGUACCUGGGCAAGCAGGACGAAACGCUUCGCGCAGCACCUCGCAAGUCGGAGCCGGCCAGCAUCACCAGCACUUCCCUUUGGCUACACUCACCCAAGAAUGCUGAACCCGUUGCUACAGCCGCCACUUCCGGUCUCUGGCAGUCUUCCCAGGACGCAUCCCCCGUUUCGACCGCCCCUUCAACCCCUUUCCUCACUUCUCCCUCUCCCACAGAAUUCAGCAUGAACCAACCCUCCGCGCCAGUCAAAACUACUCCUCAACCACAUGGACUCUGGACGCCUCCUGCACCAGUUGCUCGCGUUUUCUUUGGCUUGCCUCAGGAGGAGGGCGAAUGGAGCCGUUACACAGCAAAGAAGAUUCGAUCUUCUCGGCCUAGGCCCAGGCCUUCAGCCCAAGAUGUGAUUCGCAGCAGCAGUCUUUGGACCAGCUCCAAGCCUGCUUCUGCUGCUCCUGCUGCUCCUGCUACUCCUGCUGCUCCUGCUGCUCCUGCUGCUCCUGCUGCUCCUGCUGCUCCUGCUCCUUCUCUCACCUCUAUACCCAACAAACCCAUCCUUCCAAUUCAGCUGCUUUGGUCUCAGCCGGCUGCCCUCUCGGUUGAGCAGACUGAGGGUCUCUGGAACGCCUCGCACAUCCGCGACCAGUAUAAAACAACCGAAAAACGCCCCGCGGCCCUAGACACAGCUCGCAAGCUGCGCAUUGACCGCAGACCGUUGGCCACUCUAUCUUCCGCCUCGCUCUGGUCGACGACGACGCAGACGCCGACUCGCCAAGUUCCCAACUGGCUCGCUCUCUCCACCACACUUCGCCCCGUCUCACCGGGCGGCGCAUCCACGCUCUCGGAUCAGGAUUCCGCUUCAGUCUCUGACACAUACUCUCUGCGCUCCGAAUUGACGUCAGCCAGCUCCGUUGCCGCGUCGAAGCAGCCCGCACACCGCAAGACGGCUUCCCUGCAAGCCGCCCAGGAGGAACUUGACGCGGCGUUCCGCGAAGUUAUGCAAUCUAAGCCGGUGAUCCCCGCGGCCGUCGCCGAGGAAGAAGUGAUCGAGCAGCAGCAUCAGGAGGAAAAGCUUGAGGAGAAGGAAGAGCUUUUCUUUGACUCGAGCCGGUUCCAUCCUGUGUUCGCUGUGGACGUGCUUCACGUCACCUCAGACAACGUGCAUCCCGCUGCAACAGGCUACCUGCAUUCUAUCGUCAACGGGGCCCCUAAGCCUCGACGUCGUUGA